GUUUUCUCUGCAACCACAGAGACAGAGAGAGAGAGAGAGAGAGAGAGAGAGCUCUUUAUAACUCUUUUUAACUCAAAAUACUCUCUGCCUAGCUUUCCCACCCUAUCCUUCCCAAACACUUCUGCUUUUCUGGUUUCUUUCUAUUUUUUUUUUUUUUUCAGUUUUCUUGGCACCUAAACGGAACUUAAAACCCACCAUCAUAUACUCUUUGUAUAAAAAUUAAAGCACCCAAAUACUAAAACCCUCACAAAUUCUUCUUUCUUGUUCCAUUUUUUUCUUCUCAAUUAACACAGAAAGAGAGAGAGAGAGAGAGAGCUAAGACAUAUGUGUCAUGACUCGAACUCUGAGAUUUCUCAGCGCAGCCACCAACACAUCGUCGACAGCGAUGGUGGUGGAAGCGCCGCCUCCUGAGGCGGUGACCCUGGAGUCUGACUUCGUGGUGAUCUUGGCGGCUUUGCUUUGCGCCUUGAUAUGCGUGGUUGGUCUAAUCGCCGUGGCCCGCUGCGCUUGGCUCCGCCGUGGCUCCGCCGCCGGCGGGAGAGGCACUCGAUCGCCGAGUCAAGCCGCGGCAAACAAAGGCCUGAAGAAGAAGGUGCUGCAAUCCCUUCCGAAGUUUACGUACGGCGCUGCCACCGCCGACGUUUGCGGCGGCGAGCCGGCGAAGAUAGCGACGGAGUGCGCCAUAUGUUUGGGGGAGUUUGCGGAAGGGGAGGAGAUAAGAGUGUUGCCGCAGUGCGGACAUAGCUUCCACGUAGGCUGCAUUGACACGUGGCUGGGAUCCCAUUCGUCUUGCCCAUCCUGUCGGCAGAUCCUCGUGGUGGGGAGGUGUCAGAAGUGCGGUCAGUUUCCGGCCGUUUCCGGCGGCUCAGCCGCCGCUCGGAGUGAGGCCCAGAUGAAAGCCAGACAGGAUAUAUCUUAUUCUGCUACUGUAUCUAAUCACACUAGUAUUGGGUUUUUGCCUUGACACAGUUUUUCUUUUUCACUCUUUUUUUUUCCCCCCCCUUAAUUACUAAAAAUUUGGGCUUCGAUGUGCCUGUAAAGACUGUAUAUAUAAUCAUCGUAUUCUGCACUUCUAAUAUCUCCAAUGAAACUCUACUUUUUCACUUUCCCUAAA